UGGUUUGGUUUGGUUUGGUGUGGUGUGGUGGAAGAAAAUUUGAAAAGAAGUUGAAACCACCUGCCUGAGUUUUCUACUCACUUACUUCUUCUCCCUUAACUUUUUUUCCCACCCCACUGUGAUUAUUAAAACAAACGGGAAGAUUGAAAAAUAAGUGGGGAUGAAAGAGAAAUCAAGUCAGCUUUUCUGUACACCAGUCUAGUGAGAUAAUAAAGAUUAAAUAAUUUCGAAGAAAUUUUAUUAUCAGUCAUUUAUUACAUCACCGAUUACAUCAUUUGUCAGCAGACAUUUGGUGAAAGGAUAAAUUACAUAAUAAAGCAUUAAUAGGGAAAAAUUUCAUUUAGUCUCUCAUAAAUCACAGAGCCAAAAAUAAUGCCAACAACUUGUGGAUUUCCUAAUUGUCGUUUCCGUUCACGUUAUCGUGGAGCUGAAGAUAAUCGACAUUUCUAUCGGGUACCUAAAAAACCAGCAAUUCUACGUAAAAAAUGGCUUGAAGCAAUCGGUAGAACUGAAGAAACUAUUGUCAGUCAGUUACGUGUAUGCAGUGGUCAUUUUUACGGUGGAGAAAAACAUGAAGGUGAUGUUCCAGUCGCUGAUCCUGCAGUCGAUGAACCGAUACGUGUUGAACUACCUCCAAAAAUACCUCGUAUUCAAUCCAGCCUGAAUAAACGAAAUUGUUAUGGUAUUCGUGGUGGUGGUCAUGGUGGUAGUGGUGUUGGUGGUAGCGUGAGUGGUCGAGGCAGAGGUGGAUCACACCAUACUCAAGGAAUUAGAAAUAAAAUGUGUUUUUUAAAAUCAGGAAUGUUAAAUUACAUGACAAAACAUAACAGCUGUUUAGGUAUAAUGGGAUCGGUUGUUAAACAAAAGCAUACACUACCAACACAUUCGACACCAUUAACGUCCACUCUGCGUAAUGACUGUAAGCUGAGAAAUGAUGAGUCAAUUCAUAUGAAUAAUAUUAAAAGUUGUAGUAAUAAUUAUCCUCUACCCUGGUUAAAUAAUUUAUAUCCUCCUCAUAUAUAUGAUUAUUUAAAAUCUCUUUCGUUGAAUACUUCUGUGUCAUCAACUAUCACUGAAAUGAACACAAAUCAGUCUAGUAAUACCCCAAAGAAACAUUUCUAUGAUAUAGAAAAUCAAUACCUACAAAACUCUAUGAAUGAAGAUCAAUCAUUGUUGAAAAAGUAUUCACAUGAGUUUACAAAUAGUGAAUUUCAACAAGUAAAUUAUCCUUUAGACAAGAGUUUACCACAAAUCAAUAAUCAGUCAAGGUGUUCAACGCCUCUGCCUACAACAACAGUCUGUUUAACAAAUUUAAUUCAGAAUGAAAACGAUGUUAUACACAGUUCAUAUAGUUCACCUUACAGUAAUACUACUUCUACUACUAAUAAUAAUAACAACAAGAACAGCGGCAGUCAGCAUCAUCCUCAUCAGCUGCAGUCCUCGGCAUUCUCUCCUGUGUCAAGUAAUAAUAAUAAUAAUAACCAUCUUGCUGGUAACAGUAGUCAAAUAAAAUCUCCCCCAGUUCUACACAAAGAACACCAGUGGUUGAAUACAUCUUUAGAGAAUUUACAAAAAUUAAAUUCAUCAAUUUCUUUGCCAUUUACAUCGAACUUAUCAACAGAUUAUUUUCUCUCUUUGGCUUCAGCAAUGAAUGGUGUUUUAACACAAAAAUUGAAUGAAAACUAUUUAAAUCCGUGUAAAUUUCAACAAUCUGAACAUCAGGUAAAUUUGAAAGACACGCCACAAAUGACAGUAAAUACAAAUAGUUUAUUUAAACAAAAUCACGAUAAUACUGGAUUGGAACAUUUAACUACAUUUCCGUAUAAUGUUUUAAAUCCCAGUAGUUCGAUAAAUACAAUGUGUAUAAAUGAAAUGAAUGAAAUAAAAGAUUUAUCGAUGAAAACAAAGUAUCAAACAGAAGUUUCAAAUUUUUCAAGAUUGCAUAACAAAAAUGAAGUAUAUUCAUCACGUAACUAUGAGCGAGAUAAUAAUAAUAAUGAUAUUGGCAGUAGAAAAGGUAUAAUUAAAAGUAAUGUCGGUCAUUCUAAAAUGAAUGUUUUCACCAAGUGUGAUCCUGAUGAGAAAUCAUCGUAUACGGAGUGUUUGGAAUUAAAAGAGCAAGAAGAAAGAUUUAACCAAUCAGCAGAAGGCAUCUGUUCAUUGAAGCCAACACUUAAAUAUGUUUUAUUUGUUGGUAUCAACGACUUGACUGUUGAAUUAUCCAUUCUCAGUGAUUUAACGAAUUUAAUUUGUGUUGAAUACUCGGAAAUGAUGAAUCUACCUGAAUAUAUUUGUCAAAAUGUUUCAGAUAUAGUCAUUUAUCAGGAGAAUAUAUUAUCAGUGAACAUUGAUCAACAUUUCCCGUGUUUAAAAAAUGUUUAUAUUCCUGAGUAUCUGGCGUAUACAACUUGUUGGAGUGAGUUUAUAAAAACUACUGACGUAAAUGUACACAUUGUACCACCAGAAUUGGAUGUAAACAAAACAGCUGAUUUCAUCAUUGGUAUUCUACUUUCAACAAGUUAUGACAUACCAAAUUUAUAUACAAAUAAGGAAGAAAGUCAAAUUAUUAAACGUCCAGCAUCUUCACCAGCUCAGACUAUAAUCAAUCAUUCUCUGAUAACAAACAAACUGAUGAAGUAUCACAGCAAAGAUAUUUCAUUUCAACAGACUAUUACUAGUCACCAGAAAUCAGAUAUUAUUUUGUCUAGAGACUCAACAGUGAAUCAAACGGAUAAAAGUUCAAAUAUUCAAAUUGGUAUUAUUGGUCUAGGUUCAGUAAGUUUGGCCUUAAUACAUCGACUAGAGAAAUUCAAUUAUACCAUUCGUUUAUUUGAUACACGUUUACCUGAUGGUAUGGAUACUGUAUUCAACUUACACUGUGUAAAUAACCUUGAAGAAAUUAUCUUACAAUCUGAUUGGAUUAUUAUUAUACAUGAAAAAAGUAUUAUUAAUGAAUACUGUCCAGAUUAUUCUUCAUUAGUUAUCAAUGAAAUGUGUAGUGAUAGCACCAUCUGUAAAAUAAAGGCGGGUAGCCAUAUAGUAUACAUAAAUCUUGUUGAAGACUUACCAGCUGGUUUUAUUCCAUUGAAUUCAGCUAUUCUUUCUGGAAAAGUACAUAAUGCCCAUGUAUUAUUCAGGAAAACAUGUUGUCGGAUUUCAGAUGAACUGAAUGUGCAAAUGUCAUCAAAUUUGUUCUGUUUAAACAAGCGAUUGAGCAGACUUCAAAUACACUUAACAGAAUUACGUUUUCAUAUGAGUCAAUUUCUCAGAAGGAAUCUUUUAAAGUCGUCAUCACUUCAAUUUAAAAUGAAUGAAGUAACGAAAACAGAAGAAGAAACCAGAAUUAAGGUUGAGCAGCCUAAUCCAUCAAAUUUAAAUGAUUGGAAAAGUAAUUCUGCGAUUAAAGAAUUAAAACAACUUUCAGAAUCAAACCAAGAAAUAUCAUCUCAUGAAGUGAAUAAACAACUUAUAUUUGGUAUCAAUUCAUUAGUUGCUCGCAAAGUAUCUAAACAGUAUGUUAAUCGUCGUGAAUAAAACUACUAAAAUGUCAAUACAAUACCUUCUAUUUACCAAAGAAUACAGCUCAGUGAAUGAACUAAACAUCAUCACUAUGAACUGAUUAAGAACAAUAAAAUAGUUGGAUUUUUAAAUUAAUUGUACAUAAACAGCAAUUGCUUAUUUAUAUUUAAUAUACAUAUGAUCACAUACCUUCAAAUCAUCUAUCUUAUGUGAUAGUUUAGGUCAUUUCAUUUAUUUACUAAUUUUAUUUCACUCUUAUAAGUAAUCUUCAUCAGUAAUCAUGCAUCAUUCAUGAUUGAAGGAACAAUUAUUUCAUUAGUUACUGUCUAAUUGUAUACUCAAUUGUAUAGUUUCUUUCUUUUCAAAUUAUCUAUAAACAUGAUCAACGUUUAAUUGACAAUUUAUUUUAAAAUUCAGAAUUGUAAAUAUCAUCAGUUGUAAACAGGAUGAAAUCCAUCGUACACAUUCCCUUCUUUGUCUCUUCUUCGUUUCUCAGUUUUCUUCUCCUAUAUAAACUUAAUUCUAUUAACUUAUCAGUUAUUGUAUGAAAGUUGUUAAUUUACACUAAAUAAUUAAAACGUUAAGCUGUACAAGUAGAUAGACUUUUGUCGUC